GAAGAAGAGGCUGCGGAGGGAGCGCUGACAGACGAAGAAGAAUUUAACGGUUCCCGGUUCUUGAACCGCCGCAGCCUCCAUCGUGCCGGUGCUUUACAAACGGCUUCGGACUCGACUGUAGCACCGGUCAAACCGGUAGCUGCCGCACUGACUGCUCCAUGCUAACUAACCGCGAUCUGUUUCCGACGAGAGGCUAGGUGCUAACGACCCGCGUCAACAAGGAGCAUUACUCCCGCAGAAGACCAAUGGAGGGUGGCUCUGAGGUGAUGGAGGACCUUGAUUUUCGAGGGGUUGAGUUUUCUGUCAAGAUAGAGGUGGACAAAGGUUUGCUGAUGGUGGAAAUCUCUGACUCACUGACAGCAGAUCAGUGGAGGGGGGAGUUUGAUCCAGCAUACAUUGAGGAUCUCACUCGGAAAACUGGCAACUUCAAGCAGUUUCCCAUUUUCUGUAGCAUGCUGGAAUCUGCUGUGAGAAAGAUGAGCGAUUCUGUUACACUUGACCUCCUGACCUAUUCCGACCUGGAGCUGCUACGUAACAGAAAAGCAGGAGUGGUUAGUCGUACUCGCGGCCAUCAGCAGUCGUCUGCUCUCACGGCCAAAAGAUAUCUAAUCCUCAUAUACACUGUGGAGUUUGACAGGAUACACUACCCUUUACCCUUGCCCUAUGUUGGUAAGCCUGACCCAGCUGCCCUGCAGAAGGAGGUCAGAGCCCUGAGGGCGGAGCUUAGCGCGCUCACUUCUCAUGGAGUUAACAAAUCUGCAGACCUAGAAAUACAACGGCUACGAGCAGAGCUGGCUCGGGUGAAAGAGGAGAAGGAGGCUAUGACCAAAGCUCUUGAGCAACUGCAGAGGACCGCAAGUGGUUCCCCAUCUGGACGAGAGGACUGGAGGGUUAGAGAUGUGGCGAGGACGCUGGAGGAACAGCUUGUCAAGGAGAGGGCCAAAAGUCAACGCUCUGCAAGCAAGAGAUGCCAGGAGCAGAGACUCCUAAUGGAGCAGGUGGACCUGUUGGAGGAGCUGAGAGAAUCAGAGUGUGCUCUCCGUGUACGUGUCAAGAAUCUCACCAGUGAACUGGCGGUGCUACGGAGAGGGUUAGACAAUCUAAGCGCGCGUGUGACUCCAGUGUCCGGUCACAUCAGCUCUCGGGUUGAUGGGGAAAUCUAUCGCUCUCUCUCCCGUGAGAGAGGAUCAAGGUACGGGACGGUCAGGGCUCGCUCAGGAUCCAGAGAACGGGUUUACGACAGAGUGCAAAGGUCAGAUGAAAGAGGAAGAAGAGCGGAUUCCUCAGGACCACGUGCUUGCAUAUCCAGGCCGUCCCCCUCUCCUACUGGCUUACGGGUACCACGCUUUGACCCGACUGCAUACAUCCAGGACAGACAUCGCAGACAGAAAGAGGCAGAAAAAAAACAAAGGAAAGUACGGAGAGAUAUACAGACCUCGCCCAAUAUACCUGAGAGGGGGCGUUCACGUUCCAGAGAUGCGUAUCCCCAGAUGGUCCGGUCUGGCAGCAGAGGCAGGAGUUUAUCUGUGGAGCGGAGAGGGAGCAGGAACUCCUCUGAAGGCUCCUUAGUGGACAUGGACGAAAUGGCCAAAACCCUGUUUAGAGGAAGAAAACCGACUUACAAUUACAAAGGACCCAGUGCGGUGAGUGACAUGGUUAUUAAUGUAACUCUGGUACAGAAUGAAUCGCUGCUCUCUUAUUUGUUUGUGCAUUUUACAUUUCUUACUGCCAACAAAUACCAUGAAAAGACACCAGAACAACAAUGCAUGGCUCUUUUUAAGUGCCUUAUUCUUUUAAUGUGCAAUUUGUUUCUAGUCAAGAGGAGGCCUUUUAACCAGGAAACCACGUUGUAGUACUCCAACACAGAGAAUGAAAGAAAAAGAGAGCUCCAUACAUACGGGUGCUGAGCUGUCGGAGAUCGACGCCAGGCUGCAGGCGCUGCAGGACUACAUGAGGGACCUGGACACAGGACAAUAACACAGCGCUAAGCUCAGGCUGUGAAACACAUCAAGCUUCCAACAUGAGUGAUGGGUUCACCUGUGUUCAUGUGAGACACCAAAUCUCCCACUGGAGGAUCAGACUUACUCCACUUCAGGAAAAUACAGCCAUCUCUGUGAAGGACUACCUUUUGUGGACUGAACUUUUUUUUUUAUAUGCCAAGAUUUUACGAAUUAACUUAAAAAUAUGACGUUUUAUUAUUUCUACAGCCUCGAAAACUGAACUACACAAGUCUGGCUGCCUCUCAGUCUGAAAAUAUUUAUAGUUGAUGUUUUCUCAUCUUUCUUAUUUCUCGUCUUCCUUAUCUUCAACAUGCAGCUGAUGAAGCUGUUUGACACUCACUGCACAUCUUUUUUUUUACCUGAAUUAUUUUCAGAAUUGCAGACAGUUUCGUCAAGUUGUUUUCAGUUCUAGUCUUUUGUCCUUGUUUGUGCAUGUGUGCGCGUAAUCUCUACCCUUAGAGAAGUAUCCAACAUUAACAUGUCGUUGAACCUGUAACGGACUUGUUUCUUCGACGCAGUGCAUGCUGGGACACACUCCAGCUGCUGCUGCACCGUGAAACGCAGGAACCAAGUCAAUGACAUACGCAACUAUAUUUUGGAUUUCACUACAUUCCAAUAUGGCUAAAUGUCAUUCAAACUGUAUUGUCAUCAGUUUGGUUUAAUUUUGACCUUGAACUCAACAUUAUCACUGUUUUACUAUCAACCGAUUAUGACAUUUAACUUGUUGAUCUGCAUGGUGCAUUCAAAUAGUGUAUUUUCUAUUGUUUUAAAGUAAAUGGACCUAUUUUCCUUUUUGAUUUUACACCCCAAACUAAAGCAAAAGCUAUUUUUAAUCUUGGAUCAUUUGUAAUACCCAUCAAUGUGUUUUUUGUGAUGGUAUAAAUACCUACUUUGUGUUCACACUAACUGUUACUCAUUCCCAAGUUGAAUGCUUUUAUACCGCUUAAAACUCUUAUUUAUAAGAAAGUUCUUUGUGUAAAGACUUUUUUUUAAAGCGCAUGCAUCCCCUCCAGACCUGUACAGUUGUGUACACACUGUUUCCCUUUGCACUGGUGUCCGCUGAAGUGAGGAGAAGCCUUGAAGGGUUUCACCAGCGCAGCAGCUUUCAUUAAUUAACAAAUAAACUUCCUCUCAGAGGAACGAUGCAGCGUC